UAUUUGUGAGACAAAUAAAAAAUAGAAGAAUAAAGGCGAGCAGCAAACCUUUGCAAUUGAUUUUGAUGCAGAGCAAACGGAACAUUUGUAUAUCGAUGUGCAAAUUUUUUCUUGGCCAUCCCCAGAGUCGAUGACAAACAUUUUUGUGAGAAAAACGAAAAAUUGGAUAAAAACGUCGAGCAAAGCAACAAAUUAAUAUAAAUAUACUAAAUAUAACUUAACUAACACAAAAAGAAGAGAAAAAAUAAUAGGUUAAAAAAUGAUUAUCACCGUAAAGAAUCUACAGCAGCAAACCUUUUCAAUUGACUUUGAUCCGGAGAAAACGGUUUUGGACCUGAAAAAAACCAUUUUCAAUGAACGCGGUGCGGAAUAUUUGGUGGAAAAACAAAAAUUAAUUUACGCUGGCGUCAUUUUAACCGAUGAGCGAACCAUUAGUUCAUACAAAGUGGACGAGAAAAAGUUCAUUGUUGUGAUGCUGACUCGCGACAUAAGCGUAACUGGCAGCGGCAGCAUUACAAAUACAACAGACGCUGUAGCAUCGGCGCAGCGCAAAACGCAACAGGAGACGACAGCGCAGCCGAAAGCAGCAGCAGCUGAAAGCAAAGCGGAAGCGAAGCCAACGUCAAAAUCGAAUGCGGUGGCAGAGGGAACAACAAAGACUAAUAAAACGACAAAUGAAUCGAUUGUGGAACCAGCGAGCACUGCUGCAGUUGCUGGAGCUGCACGUGCAACUGACGUCGACGUCACUGCCUCGGAUUAUUCUAGCAUUGAUUUGGUUGGCGAACUGGCGAACGCGUCGCUGCAGACGCGAGCAGAAUCGAAUCUGUUGAUGGGCGAGGAAUACAAUCGCACAGUGGCUUCGAUGAUCGAAAUGGGAUAUGCCCGCGAUCAAGUCGAGCGCGCCAUGUCAGCCAGCUUCAACAAUCCCGAGCGUGCCGUCGAAUAUCUUAUCACAGGCAUUCCCCAGGAGGAGAGCCUCUUCAAUGCCGGCCACGAUGACGAGGACGUCGCCAGGGCAGGAAGUCUGCUGCAGCAGCAGGUCGGUGGUGGAGGAGACGGAGGAUCGGCCAGCGAUUUGCAAACCGAUUCAUCAGCGGACCCUUUCGAGUUCUUGCGCAGUCAGCCACAAUUCCUACAGAUGCGUUCGCUCAUCUACCAAAAUCCACACCUUUUACAUGCUGUGCUGCAACAGAUUGGCCAAACGAAUCCCGCUUUGCUGCAGUUGAUUUCUGAGAAUCAGGAUGCGUUUCUCAACAUGCUGAAUCAGCCGCUUGAGGGGGAAGUGGGCGGUGAUAACUCUCAGCGACUGGGCGGACGCAUUGCCUCCUCCUCCUCGUCCACAACAACAACAACAACAGCAGCAACAACAACAGCAACUAAUCCAAGCAGACAAACUGAGAGCUCAGCUCAGGUUCAACGCUCAGCAGCCGGCGCCGAAACUCAGCCAAUAACAGUUGCAGCAGAGGAUGUUGGUGGCUUGAGCCAGGAACGCAGUCUGCAGCAAGAGAGCCAACUGGCAACCAUACGGCUGACACCACAGGAUCAGGACGCCAUCGAGCGGUUGAAGGCACUUGGAUUUCCAGAGACGCUCGUUCUUCAGGCUUAUUUUGCCUGCGAAAAAGAUGAGGAAUUGGCUGCAAAUUUCUUGCUUGCAUCCAGUUUCGAUGAUUAGAUUUGGAAAUUUUGCGCACAGACACACAUAUGCAUACAUACACACGUGUAUAAUCCCCUCCCCUUAAAAACAAGAGCCGUUACAAUAAACAGCAAUAACACGAGGUUAAUCCACAAAACAUAAAACUAAACAAUAAUAAUAAUUGCUCAUCUUGAA